AUACAGGAUCUCCCUCGCCACUAGCCUAAGAACUCUAUAUCCGCGUAUUCCAUCUCUUUCGGCUUAUCCUUAACACGCACUAGAAGGACUCCAAGCCAUGUCAUCUAAAAUCAUCUUCGUCACAGGCGCCAAUCGAGGCAUCGGUUUCGCCAUUGUCCAAGCACUCGCGACCCGCUUCCCUUCGCACACAUACCUCCUAGGCGUCCGCUCGCUCCCCUCCGGCCACGAAGCCAUCCAAUCGCUCAAAGCCCUCGGCCUAACCUCCACCGCCUUCGAAGCCAUCCAAAUCGACAUCACCUCCGAUCCCUCCAUCGCCUCCGCCGUCUUCCUCAUCAAAGAGAAGCACACCCGCAUCGACAUCCUCAUCCCCAACGCCGCCAUCGCCGAGCGCGUCAAGCCCGGCGAUCAAGACUUCCGCGCGAGCUGCAACCGCACGCUCGACUGCAACGUGACGUCCUUCCUUGUCCUCGCCUCUUCUUUCCUACCCUUGCUCCACGCGUCUUGCACGCCGCAAGUCAUCGCCAUAUCUUCGGCACGGGGUUCGGUCCAUCAUCUCACAACUUCGCAAGUCCCACCGACGGCGUCUAUUCCUUAUAAUAUUUCCAAGACAGCGCUUAAUGUCGCGAUGCUGGAAAUGGCGAAGUUGGAGAGUGGUGUGUUGUGGCAGGCAGCGUCCCCCGGCCAUUGCAAGACUGCUUUUAAUGGGUGGAUGGGGAAGAAGGAUCCAUUGGAUGGCGCAAGAGUUGUGGUAGAGUUAGUUGCGGAUAGGGAGCAGGGUGAUGAGGGGAGGUUAGGGAUGGGCUUUUGGGAGUUUGAACAGGGGAGCCUAAGAAGCGUAGAGUGGUAG